AUGAACAGUGUCCCAGGAAACACUAGAGGUCCUGAUGAGUCGUCAAGAGCCCGUUUCCGCCGAUGUCUGCUGCCUGUGUGGAAGCAUCUUUGGGCCAUUCUAGCGUCAAUAGUCAUUGUGUCCUCUCUUGUGGCCAUCUUCCUCUUUCGGUUCCUGCCAUACCCCAGUGCAGAAGAUACAACAACGGUAGCAGAGUCGGCUACCAAGGUCCCCUCCUCUGCUAAUGGUCGUCAGGACUUCAUUGAUCGACGCCGCUUUAUCCUGUUCCGUAGUUCUCUGGCUCGAGUAUCGGAACCAUCUGCCUUCGUGAACCCCAAUUCACCUCAAUCACAAGCUCUGAAGUGGCUCGUGUACCAAGACCAAACCAUCCAGAUUCCCACAGACACCUUGGCUGCAGAAGGUGACAUUAUGAACUCUUCUCAGCUGUACUACUCAUCCAACAACGAAACGUUCCAUUGGAAACUUGUACAGCGCUACGCCCUUAUGGUUCUGGCUUUCAGUACCAAUGGAGCCACAUGGCGUGGAAUUGUUCCCUGGGAGGAAAUGGUGGAUGUGGAUGAAUGUCACAGUCAUUUCCAGGGCAUUGGAUGUGAUGAAGUUUUGGGCAAGGUGAACGUUGUGAAUCUAGAUUAUCGCAAGCUUGGUGGCAAAAUUCCUGUUGAAAUUGGCCUGCUGACCGACCUGACCUACUUAGAUCUAUCCCGAAACCAUCUGGAAGGACACAUUCCUCAUUCCAUCUAUCACCGGCUGACAAACCUCGAACACCUCGCACUAUCCCACAACGAAAUUGCUUUCUCGUUGAGCAAUGACAUCGGCAAGCUUACAGCUUUGAAUGCCCUGGUCGUGUCCAACACUCACUUGUCCGGUACCUUGCCAGCAACAAUGGCACAGCUCACAGAACUCCGGGAGUUCUUCCACUCUAUCAAACACUGGCCCAAUCUCGAAGUCUUGUCGUCGACAGAAACGCUGCUAUCUCCGGUAUCAUUCCGACUGAAAUUGGGCUCUGCACCAACCUGCCUCAGACUGCUCUCGUUACUCGUCUGUCCAGGCGAACUGGCUAUGCUAGGGACAGGUUUCAAUGGAUCCCUUCCUACAGAGAUUGGAUUGCUCUCAAAGCUUACCACUAUGGUGGCAGGAGGAGACCAACUCAUAGGAUCGCUACCAUCCGAGAUUGGCUCCUGGACAAGAUUGGGUCAAAUGAUUGUGUCGUUUGCACCCCAAUUGACAGGCUCCCUUCCAUCUACCAUUGGCCAGCUCUCCUCCCUCACCUACAUGGCAAUUGUCUCAACGUCAAUUGGUGGCUCCGUGCCCUCUGAAAUUGGACUGUUGCAGAACGUGGUGAACCUGAAUUUGGAGAACAAUCUCUUUGGAGGCCAAAUCCCAAGCCAAGCUCUUGUCGGGAUGGAGUCAUUGACAAACCUACAGAUCAACGCGAAUUUCUUCAGCGGGACGAUUCCACAGGAGAUUUGUGAUGCCGAAUCUAUACUUGUCUGGAUGGACUGUGCAGGAAACUUGGUUUGCGAAAAUGAUUGCUGCCCAGGUGUCUGGUGCUCUUUUGGGGAUGUGUAA